AUGUCCGUGGCGGCAGUGCUGCGGCCUCCCCUGCAGCAGCGCUACCUGCAGGAGGCAGACGGAGCCAAGGCGCACCUCAGCGCGUGGAAGGGCACCUGGCCCGUGAAGCGCGAGGCGGUGGUCGAGGGCGAGCUGGUGCUGGGCGGCCUGAUGAUGGUGCACGAGCGCUCCGACACGGUGACGUGCGGGCCCGUGAUGCCGCAGGGCGGCGUGCAGGCGCUCGAGACCAUGCUUUACACGCUGGACAGGAUCAACGCGCCGCCCUCGCUGCUGCCCAACGUCACCAUCGGCGCGCACAUACUCGACGACUGCGAUAUGGACACUUACGGUCUGGAGAUGGCGGUCGACUUCAUCAAAGUCCAGGCUUCGCUAACACUUGUUGGCACUCUACCUCCGCUGUAUCCUGGAUUUGUUCCAGGCCGGCGCUUUAGGGGAUGA